AUGGGGAAUGGAGUCCAGGAACAACGGGCAUCGCUCACACAGGGAGAAGUGCUGCCGCUGGCCUCCUCCAGUCAGACAGAAUCCAGCCAUGAGGUGAGACAGUAAACAAUCUCAUCUAUGUCCUUUUGUUUUAACCAUUGAAUAUGAAAAUAUUUGUCAUAUUAGGAUUAAAAAAAACACAGCUUCAUGAUUGAUUGUAAAUAUUGGACCAUCAGAGCAGCUGUUUUUUCUUAGUCACCAACUAUGCUAAUAUUUGAUUUGUACUUAUCUCUUUUUAUUCAAUUAACAAGCUAUAUCAGUUCUUCUAAAACCACUCGAGUCAUCUUUUACAUGAAAACAAAAGUUUAAAAAGUUUAAACUCCUUCCCACUCCAGUAGAAUAAAGAUACUCUAGAAUUGUGUGUCAUCAUCAGGUUAUAUACAUUGGCAGAAAUGCAGUAGCAUCCUGAGUUUGUGUGUUAAACUCUGUGCUCUGUCUGAACACUGUCACACAUUUUCCUGCUCUGUUGUGGUGUUAGUAUGAAAACUGACCUGUGUGGCUUCCUGUAGUUUUUUCUUUUUUCAAUCUGAGGUUCAUUUGAGGACAGCUGCCCCCCUCUUUGUUGUCCUUUGAGCUGGUUUCUCUGAUAUGUUCUUACAUAACUCCAGUUUAAUGAUCAACAACAUUUUUAACUCAGCUUUUUUUUUUUUGUAAUGUAGGGACUCUGUCUUUACAGGAUCCUCUCUGUUGGAGUUGCAACCCUAAUUAUAGUUCCUCUCUCUUUGUUCAGGGUUUGAUGCAAACUCGCUCUGUCCUCAACUGGCUCUUUUCUGGGGCUUUGGCGGGAGCUGUGGCCAAGACAGCCGUUGCCCCGCUGGACAGGACAAAAAUCAUCUUUCAAGGUAAGCAGGAAGCUCAAAGUGGGAUCCAGUUUUAAAAUUCUAAUUAAAAAAAAAGUUGAAUUCCACAGAAUUCAUAAGCAUAACACAAUAUGUGGUAAUUAAAAGUCUGCCUCAUUUGUUUUCCCUCAGUGUCUUCAGCAAGAUUCUCAGUCAAGGUAAGUUGUUUUGUUCAUAUUUGCUUCUCACUGAAAUAACCAUCUGUGUAAACGGGGUGUUAGCAUGAGUUUGUGUUUCUUUGUGUACACUGAAUCACAGGAGGCCCUUAAGUUGAUCUACCGCACCUACCUGAAGGAUGGCUUCUUCAGUCUGUGGAGGGGAAACUCUGCCACCAUGGUGCGAGUCAUCCCAUACGCUGCCAUCCAGUUCUGUGCUCAUGAGCAGUACAAGGGGCUGCUGGGAGGUUACUACGGCUUCCAGGGAAAGUAUGUGUCCGUCUGAUCAUUUAUACACUUUUGUCUUUGUUUUUGUCUUUCAUUUAUACACUUUUGUCUUUGUUGCAGCAAUGAAGUAAGUCAAGGUUUAGUGAACACAUCUUGUUUUUUACUGUGUUCCAGAGCUCUACCUCCAUUUCCAAGAUUCUGUGCCGGAUCGAUGGCUGGUGCCACAGCGGCCAUGCUGACCUAUCCACUGGACAUGGUGCGAGCUAGAAUGGCUGUAACUCCAAAGGAAAUGUAAGCCCAUGUUUACACAGCCAACAGAGGGUGUUUACGGCAGUAUAAGUUAAAGGUAGGGUAGGCGGGAUCUGAGGAAGUGCCAGUUUUGGAGAGAAAUCUCGAAUGUAAACACAACCCUUCCCAACCAGUUUUCCCCUCAGUGCCCACAAACAGACGCUCCUGCUCGCUCAUAUAGUUUCAAUUAAAUUCAGAUAUAAUGCAGAUAAAUACUUCAGAUAAUUACAAAUGGGGCCCAGUCAACAUGAAAGUAAAAAGCAUUGGUGCUACUGUAGAUGCCAACGGACUACCAGCAAACACAAUGUUUGCAGGACUUCUACAACUAGGAUAAAGGGACAUACUCCAGGACCUGAGGUCAACAGUUUAGCGGUGCUACGACACUCAGCAGGUCUCGUUUGACAAGAAACACUUCUGUUACAGACACUUGGCUUACUUUGUUAAAGCAGUUUACCUGUCCAGCAGAAAGGUUGCAGGGUCCGUACGAUCCUGAAGCGUCCCCCAUUGACCCGGCUUUUUAGCUCUUGUCCGGGUGGUCUACUUCUGUUUUAAUUGCCCGUUAUUCCACCAGAGUCUCCGGUAUUUACUUGAUUUUCUUGCUUGUGUUGGCAGUCAUGGUCAAAGGAGGAUUCAGAAAAAUUUUCGUAUUUUCUGGUUGGUUUCUACUGCCCGAAAUUGUAGCACACUAACUUUGUUUGGGCUCAUGAACGCUAUUUGAGGGCAAAGAGCGUGCCUCACAACCAAUCUUCACUAAGGAGCAGUGUCUGCCUCACAACCAUUCAGAUUGGGGGAGGAGGUGGAAAAUGGUUUUGUUUACAGUCAGAAAGAGCAGGCCACUCAAAAAAUUCAAAAUGUUGACUACACAGACAUAAGAGAACACAGCGAUAUCGUUAUAUUACCAAAUAUUAUCAAUAACUAAUACCUAUUGACUGAUAUUAAAAGCUUUUUUGUAUUUACAGCACAAAAAAGAUGCUUCUUUAACGGAAUCCUGCCUACCCCACCUUUAAUCACACUUUCCCAACUUACAUCCUCAAACUUGUCUGCAGCCCUGAUUUUAAACCUCUGUUCUCAGUAGUUCAGUAAGAUUUACCUUUUGUCUGAAACAGACACCGAAGAGAAUGCUCCCAAAUUUCUUUUGUAUGUAUCUGUAGGAACUGGUGCUCAUGUAGCCUGAGGUGCUUUUGUGAAAUACAUAAUUCAGAGACAGUAGUGUUGCCUAAUUAACAACAGACCUGAUUUUAUAAGGACAUUGUUAAACCCAUGCUGGUAUGAGUGGAUCUUCUCAUUCACUUUCUUGCUGAUGUGUUUUUCAUUGAUGUGUAGGUACAGCAAUAUCCUUCACGUCUUUGUGCGGAUUUCCAGAGAAGAGGGUUUGAAGACUCUGUAUCGGGGCUUCACUCCGACAAUGAUGGGAGUCGUGCCCUAUGCUGGUCUCAGCUUCUUCACCUAUGAGACACUGAAGAAAUUACAUGCAGGUAAGUCAGAGUUUAUCGUUGUAUUUGUCUUCAACCCGCUGUCCUCACGCCUGCUCUUUAUCCUCAGUGUUUUAAGUGUUACCUCUCUCUUUCUUUCACACAGAGCACAGUGGGCGUCCGCAGCCCUACUCUUAUGAACGCCUCGCAUUCGGAGCCUGCGCAGGUCUCAUCAGCCAGUCGGCCUCUUACCCUUUGGAUGUGGUCAGACGCCGCAUGCAGACUGCCGGAGUUACGGGUCACACGUACGGUACGAUCUUGGGCACCAUGAGGGAGAUUGUAUCCGAGGAGGGUAUGAUCCGAGGACUCUUCAAAGGUCUCAGCAUGAACUGGAUCAAAGGACCCAUGGCAGUGGGGAUCAGCUUCACCACCUUUGACCUCACUCAGAUCCUCCUUAGGAAGCUGCACGAGAUGGGCUACACCAACUGA